CCGAUCCCACACUUCUAGUUGUCUGUUGAGAUAAGUUAUCCAUUGUAGUAUCCAUUUUUGGAUAUGAUAACUGCCUCUUUGACUCUAGAUAUCUACUGAGUUGUGAGAGCUAGAAAACAUUGUCACUACGUUUCGAUCGCGAAUGGUAGUAAAUAGAUCCAUAUGGAUACCGCAAUCCCUCAAUCACAGCAGGUAGGAAUGGAAGACAUCGCCAAAUGCGACAAAGCCACCUGGACCCACGAACAUGUUCCGGAUAGGGCUGCCUGUGCAUCAAGAGAUAAAUUAUCUCCCAAAAUGCGACUAAAGCCGAUCUCCCAACCACCGAAGAAUAUCUCACCCAUACCGGAAGGUACCAAAUCGCACGAUUCGUCUUUGCAGCGGCAAUCCAGUGUUAUUUCGGAUUCGGAAGCUGUUGGUGGAGGAACAUUCCGAGUGGGGCUUAUGGUAGCUAUUUUCAGUCUACAUUGGUUCGUGUCGGGAGCAAUAUUUUUCAUUGGACUGUUUAUCACUUUGGGUCUACCCAGGCAAGAUCACGCUUGUCAUAUGUACUUCAUAAUAAUGUAUUUGCGGACAAUCUACUGGAUCGCAACCUACAUUCUGCAUGAGCGGAUAAAACCGGCUUGUCAAAAGCUAGUCAACCAGAACUAUAGUCUCUAUCUGGACAUGAGUUGCUAUCGCAAAGCCCCUCUACAGAUAGUAUCCAUCUGGAACAUUGUUCUUCUGGCUUUGCAAAACUUCAUACAUACCUUGUUCUUGGCUGGUAAACAUGGAACGGAUAUUUGUGAUGCGAUCGACGACGACGACUAUGACGAAAUAGAAAUCUCACCGCAGAUAUUCAUAGUUAUUUUUUGCGGGCUGGAAACCACCAUUUUGAGCUUCUUCUACAUUCCUGCCAUUGUGCGUUUGAUCCGAUCAACGCUGCCGCACGAGGAGGACGAGGAGGGUACCCCUAACCAGACCUUGUUCAAUUUGGACGAAAUUCCGAUAAACCAAAGAUUGAAGCGGCAAGCGGAGCAAGUCAAAAUUCUGCGUGGUGCCUAUCUGAAGCUGAGAAACGAAGCCGCUGCCCUUGGAGUGUUCGAUUGAUACACAUGAAUGUAACGAAGCUCGGCAAUGCUCUUGUACACUACAUGUAAAAAAUGUAAAUGGAUCUAAUUAAAGAUUGCAAUAUGUUAUUGUUUUAUAUUUUCUUGUUCAAUAAACGUUAUUAUUGAGGUACUGGAAAA